UGACCUGAUUUGGAACAAAGGUCUUAAGUUUGUUGCCCGCGCAGUGAUCUGGAGGACGCCAUCAACUUGCUGAAAUAAAUGACUCUCUGAGGCCAACUGUGAAAUCUUCCCAAGGGACAUGGAAAAAACACAGAUGAUUAAUAGUGCAGACCCCAAGAAAAGUUUACAAGAGAGGAAGCAAGAAGCAGCCCCAAGUAAUUAAACCACAGGUUCCAUUAUGGGUCGACUUGAUGGGAAGGUCAUCGUCCUGACAGCAGCUGCUCAGGGGAUUGGCCGGGCAGCUACCUUAGCUUUUGCAAGAGAAGGUGCCAAAGUCAUAGCCACAGAUAUCAAUGAGUUCAAACUUCAGGAACUGGAAAAGUACCCAGGUGUUCAGACUCGGGUCCUUGAUGUCACAAAGAAGAAACAAAUUGAUCAGUUCGCCAAUGACAUUGAGAGACUUGAUGUUCUCUUCAAUGUUGCUGGUUUUGUCCAUCAUGGAACCAUCCUGGACUGUGGGGAGAGAGACUGGGACUUCUCAAUGAAUCUCAACGUCCGCAGCAUGUACCUGAUGAUCAAGGCCUUUCUUCCUAAAAUGCUUGCUCAGAAAUCUGGCAACAUUAUCAACAUGUCCUCUGUGGCAUCGAGCAUCAAAGGAGUUGUGAACAGGUGUGUGUACAGCACAACCAAGGCAGCUGUGAUUGGUCUCACAAAGUCUGUUGCUGCAGACUUCAUCCAGCAGGGUAUCCGGUGCAACUGUGUGUGUCCAGGAACGGUUGAUACCCCAUCUCUGCAGGAAAGAAUACAAGCCAGACCAAAUCCUGAAGAGGCACUGAGCGAUUUCCUAAAGAGACAGAAAACAGGAAGAUUUGCAACUGCAGAAGAAAUAGCCCUGCUCUGCGUGUACCUGGCCUCUGAUGAAUCUGCCUAUGUAACAGGUAAUCCUAUUAUCAUUGAUGGAGGCUGGAGCUUGUGAUUUCAGGAUCUCCUUGCUGGGAAGGCAGGCCGUUCCUGUCUACAGUGAACCUGCUUAUGAAGAAAACUCACCCAUCCUCUCUUUCCUAUUAAUGGCAUAUUAAUGAAAAUAAGACCUUUUUGAUGA